AUGUCUGCUCCAGAAUCCAGCGCUGCAGCUGCUGUUGCUGAAGGUGUUAAGAAUAUGAAUGUUCAAGAUAAGGCAAACAAAUCAAAUGCCAAGAAGGACAAUAAGAAGAAAGGUGGUAAAAAUGCCAACUUAUAUUUAUCACCAGAACCAGAAUUCAUUGAUGAAAGAAUUCAAUUAUUUGAAAAAUUAUAUUCUGAAUACAAUGAAAAAAUUUCUAAAUUGGAACAUGUUCCAAUUAAGAUUGUCUUAAAAGAUGGUUCCAUCAAGGAAGGUAUUGCUUAUGAAACUACUCCUAUGGACAUUGCCAAGGGUAUUGCAGUUUCUUUAGCUGACAGAUUAUGUAUUGCCAAAGUCAAUGGUAAAUUAUGGGAUUUAGAUAGACCUUUUGAAAGCUCAAUUUCUAACGAAGAAAUCAAAUUGCAAUUGCUUGAUUUUGACGAUGAAGAAGGUAAAAAAGUUUUCUGGCAUUCAUCUGCCCAUGUUCUGGGUGAAGCUUGUGAAUGUAACUUAGGUGCUCAUAUUUGUUUAGGUCCACCAACCGAUGAUGGUUUCUUUUACGAAUUUGCUACAAGAGAUUCUUUAAAGGAAAAAGAUCCAAAUGUUGAAGAAAGAACUGUCUCCCAAGCAGAUUUCCCAAAUUUGGAAGGUGUCGCCAAAGACUGCAUCAAGCAAAAGCAAAAAUUCGAAAGAUUAGUUAUGUCUAAAGAAGAUUUAUUAAAGAUGUUCCAUUACUCCAAGUAUAAGACUUAUUUAGUUCAAACAAAGAUUCCAGAUGGUGGUGAAACUACUGUCUAUAGAUGUGGUAAAUUAAUCGAUUUAUGUGUUGGCCCACAUAUUCCUCACACUGGCCGUAUUAAGGCUUUCAAAUUAUUGAAGGCUUCUGCCUGUUAUUUCUUAGGUGAUUCCGAUAAUGAUUCUUUACAAAGAGUCUAUGGUGUUUCUUUCCCAGAUAAGAAAUUAAUGGAUGCUCACUUAAAAUUCUUAGCUGAAGCUGCUGCUAGAGAUCAUAGAAGAAUUGGUAAAGAACAAGAAUUAUUCUUAUUUAAUGAAAUGUCUCCAGGUUCUUGUUUCUGGUUACCACAUGGUACUAGAAUUUAUCAAACUUUAACUUCUUUGAUGAGAACUGAAUACCGUAAGAGAGGUUACGAAGAAGUCAUCACUCCAAACAUGUAUAACUCUAAAUUAUGGGAAACCUCUGGUCACUGGGCUAAUUACAAGGAAAACAUGUUCAGCUUCGAAGUUGAAAAAGAAACUUAUGGUUUGAAGCCAAUGAACUGUCCAGGUCAUUGUUUGAUGUUUAAAGCUAGAGAACGUUCUUACAGAGAAUUACCUUGGAGAGUCGCUGAUUUCGGUGUUAUUCACAGAAACGAAUUUUCUGGUGCCUUGUCUGGUUUGACUCGUGUUAGAAGAUUCCAACAAGAUGAUGCUCAUAUCUUCUGUAGACAAGACCAAAUUGAAACUGAAAUUGAAAACAUUUUCGAUUUCUUACAAUACAUUUAUGGUGUAUUUGGUUUCGAAUUUAAGAUGGAAUUAUCUACUAGACCAGAAAAAUAUGUUGGUGAAUUGGAAACCUGGAAUGCUGCUGAAACUAAGUUAGCUUCUGCUCUGAAAUCUUGGGGUGGUAAAUGGGAAAUUAAUGAAGGUGAUGGUGCUUUCUAUGGUCCAAAGAUCGAUAUUAUGAUUUCUGAUGCUUUAAGAAGAUGGCAUCAAUGUGCUACUAUCCAAUUAGAUUUCCAAUUACCAAACAGAUUUGAAUUGGAAUUCAAAGCUCAAGACAACAAGAGUGAAGAAGCCUAUGAAAGACCAGUUAUGAUUCAUCGUGCUAUCUUAGGUUCUGUAGAAAGAAUGACUGCUAUCUUAACUGAACAUUUUGCUGGUAAAUGGCCAUUCUGGUUAUCUCCAAGACAAAUUCUUGUCGUACCAGUCGGUGUUAAAUAUCAAUCAUAUGCCCAAGAAAUCCGUGAUAAAUUCCAUAAUGCAGGCUUUUACGCUGAUGUCGAUUUGACUGGUAACACUUUACAAAAGAAGGUUAGAAACGGUCAAAUGUUGAAAUAUAAUUUCAUCUUCAUUGUUGGUGAACAAGAAAUGAAUGAAAACUCGGUUAACAUUAGAAACAGAGACAUUAUGGAACAACAAGGUAAGAACGCCACUGUGAAUGUAGAUGUUGUCUUGAAACAAAUGAAAAACUUACUAGAAGAAAAAAGAAACGAUAAUGCUUUAAUCUAG